CCUUUAUUUUUGUGAUAAAUACGUACCUACAUAGUAACUGGGUACCAUUUAUUAACUCAUUGAUACCUACUAAGUAGUGUUUUGUAUUCAACACAAACGUAAAAUAACAUAAUAAUUAUAAAUGUUCUACUUUGAACUGAAAAGUUAAUAUUUAUAUUACUGAAAUUUACAAUAAAAUUAAUGCAAUACUCACCUGCUUAGUACUUAUGAGGGAGGCGACCAAAUAAUAUCAUAGUUGAAACCAGGAUGGAAGCCUAUGAUGAAGAAAUUGUUGAUACCGAUGGAGAGUUUGCCUUUGAAACUGACCAUUUAGCCCUUAGAGGAAACAAAGAUUACUGUAAAUUAUUGAAGCACAUUGUUAAAUUAGAGGCGCAGAAGCAACAAGUACUAAAAGAUAUUGAGGAGCUAUGUGAAGCUAAAAAUAAGGCAUUAGAUGACCCUUUAUCUUUUUGCGAAGCAUUGAAAUUGGACUCUCUCAAAUUUCCACCUCAUCAAGAAAUAUCUGAAAUGCCAGAUAUAGAUUGGAGCAAAUAUGGAAUUGAUAUUUCAUUAGAUAAUAAUAGCCAAAAAGGUAAAGAUUUUCCCGACCCGGAAGUAUUGGUUCGGGGCAGAAUAUUCACUGAUGAUAAACCAGAGACAUUUAAUCAGUUAUGGUCCUGUGAGGAACAGAAAAGAUUGGAAGAAUUGCUGGAAAUAUAUCCAGAAGAAAUAGUAGAAUCUAGAAGGUAUAAGAAAAUAGCUAAAGCUCUGGGCACCAGAACCACCCAACAAGUCAUGAGCAGGAUUCAGAAGUACUACAUGAAGUUAGCUAAAGCAGGCCUACCAAUACCAGGUCGAGCACCAAGAGGCAUAACAAAGAAUAAAAAUAAGAAAAUAUUUUACAAGAAGACAACAUUCUUUCCCCGACUUCAUGUUCCAGUAAAAAUGGAAAAUCCUGAUGAUAGCUGUGGCGAAUCUCAGGACAUACCCUAUGAGACACCAUCCGGAAAUAAAAAUAUGUUGGAACUGUUGAAAGCUGCUAAGGCUCAGAGACUACUUGAUGAAAGUGUACCUGUUUAUCAAACUAGAACCACCUGUGUUGGUUGUCAAAAGACUGGAUUCCUUGGUGCUCGGUGGACAGAUAAUGCGGGAACAGACUAUUGUACUGAUUGUUUGGUAAGACUGCUGCCAACCGAGAAAUUAAUACCAUUAAGAGAGUCCUCUUAAAUCUUGUAUAAAUAUUACUGGAUAAUACAUAAUAAAUAAAAUGUAUGUUA